CAUGGUAAUAAGGAGCGCUCAGUGAGGACGCGGACACUCUGGCUCCUCGGAGUUUCUCCGUGAGGAGGGCUCUGCCACGCCCGAGUCAUCGCCUAAGGGCCCUCCCAUGGCUUCCCAGGAGAGGGUGGACUCAGUGAGCAAAGGAACCGGGUUCCGCCACUGCCGUAAGCAAGCAGCUUACACGCCGGGGACCUGUGAGCUGCUCAGAGUGAUGAUGAAGGAGUCCAAACUGACAAACUUCCAGCAGCGCCACAUCAUGGACACCAUGAAAAGAGGAGCCCCUCUGCCCCUGCAGUGCGACCCUACAUCCAGCCAGAGGGGCUCUCCCUCCAGGAAGGCGGCCUCAGCCAUCUACCUGCCUCCCAUCCUGGCCACCCACUCUCACCUCAGGCCCGCCAGCUUGUGCCAAGCCAAUGGGGCGUACAGUCGCGAGCAAUUCAAGCCUCAGGCCACCAGAGACCUGGAUAAAGAGAAACGAAGACUCCAAAAUAUCUUUGCCACUGGAAAGGACAAGGAGGAACGGAAAAAGGUUCCCCUCGUGCGGCAAGAAGACCCAGCUCCUGAGCUGGACCGGUUUGAUGAAUUGGUGAAGGAAAUCCAAGACAGGAAAGAAUUCUUGGCUGCCAUGGAGGCUCUGGGGCAGGGCAGGCAGUACCGUGGCAUCAUCCUAGCUGAGAUCUCCCAGAAACUACGGGAAAUGGAGGACAUCGAUCGCAGGAGGAGCAAGGAGCUGAGGAAGGCCCUCGCCACCACUUAACCUAAGACAAGGGUGGGCUCGCCCACGGAGACUGCCAACCCGGCACAACAGCCAGAACCAGAGCCCUUCACUCUGCCACACAGCAUCCAUCCCAGGCCUGCCCACCCACAGGGACCAUGCCAGAUCAUGACAUGGCGCUGUCCUGCGGCAUGAGACAGUGUCCUAGUCACUGCCUGGGGGUGCAGAGGCCUCAGUGGGACCUGCAAGUAGUGUCACAGCUACUGUAUUUCUCUAGGGGAAAGCCCCAGGCACACCACCUUGGACAUGUGCCUAAAGGCACCCUCUCUCUGGCUCUCCUGUCACAGCUGGCCUCAGGUGCUGUUUUGCCUUUCUGAACCAAAAAUUGACCAUGACUCUUUCCUCCGUUGAUCUUUUCCUUAGGAUAAGGAUCUAAGUCUUUGCCUUCUUGUAGCCUUGGGCAAAUGUUUAACCACAAUUAACUGGCCAAUAAAACACAUUUCACUUGCCCAUGA